UUUUCACCUAUCUUCAGAUUUCACGCUUUCUGUGAGCUUACGAGAUGAAAAACAGAGAGCUUACGAGAGAGGAAACAAUGUGCGAUGGGUCUGGGUGAUCUGUGGUCUUCAACCGAGAAUAACGGAGCGGAGGGAGGGAGUGAGGGGCGGUCGUUUACUCACCGGAGCGGCGCAUUCUUGAUGGAAGGAGAUCGGCUGGCAGAUUCUGUGGCUACCAAGAACUCCAACGCCCUGUGGUGGUCGACGUCCGUCUUGGAGGAAGGAGAGCUUACUGUCGGCAUCUUCUCCGGCGAGGUAAGUGUCUCGGUUGGCUGAGUGUGGGUUUUCUCGUUUUGCAGCAUAAGGCUCCGUUGGGUGGUAAUUCGGCGUGAGGGAGGAAUACUGUGGAGGAAAGAGAGGAUAUAUAUAUAUAUAUGAAGGUUUUUGACACUCAAGUAUGAAACGAAAAUGAAAUUGGGUAUCUGGAAAGAGGAUAUCUGAGAGUAAUUGAGACUUUGACAGUGAUGGAUUGGAGGAAAAGGAGGGUUGAAGACGGGGUAUGUGUUUGGGGGGCGAGAAUCUGAGAUUCUGAAGUUGGGGAAAAAACACGGGUUGACCCGCUCCAUAAUAUGCAGGUCGGAUCGGUUCCGCCUAAUUUAUCCAAAAACGCGGGUCGGAUCCAAAUUCUAAACGGGUUCCUCGGGUUGCACCCCUAAAUGACAUCCACACACAUCAUAUACUAUACUUAUUUUAUUUAUAUUUUAUUUUAUUAUUUUAAAACUAAUUUUUUAUAAUAAUUUAAAUUAAAUAGAGGGUAUUUUUUGUAGUAUUAAAUUUUAUGUUUUAUAAAGUGCUUAAUUAUGUUUAUUUAUAUAGAAUGAGUUGUAACACAUUAUAGUUGGAAUAUUUUUCUAAAUAAAAAUGCGUUGUAAAGCAUUAUAGUGUGAUAUUUGUCGGCCCAAUUGAUUCGGACUUGGAUUGGGAAUAAAAUGGGCUGAGAUAAGCCCCCCUUGCCUUCUGUCUCCCCACACGCCAUUCGAUGCAACGGUCACAACAGAUGAUGCCGCACUCAAAUCCUGUCAUCUCCUUUCGGCUGUUGCUCUUCAUCCUUAGCCGCUAAGAGUCUAAAGGCUUCCCUAAAGGGCAAAACCGUCAUUUGAUAAGAAAAGGAUCCCACCUCUGAAAGCAUUCGAAACCCGCACCGUGGUUGGUUUUUCUUUCAGGAAUCCAAUUCCAAUUGAGAGAAAAAUUUUCUUUUGGUUCAGAAAAGAGAGGAAUGGGAUUGCUUUCCAACAGAGUCGACAGGCAGAGCCUGAAACCAGGGGAUCACAUUUACUCGUGGAGAGCUGCUUAUAUUUAUGCCCAUCAUGGUAUCUAUGUUGGGGACGAUACAGUCAUACAUUUUACUAGACGUGGCCAAGAAGUUGGAACUGGGACUGUGCUGGAUGUUCUCUUGAUUAGCUCGGGACCAACCCGAUCUCAUUUGCCUUGCCCAACUUGCACUCCACCAGAUGAAGGGCAUGGAGUCGUCUCCUCAUGCCUGAACUGCUUUCUUGCUGGUGGUGUUUUGUACCGUUUUGAGUAUGCUGUCACCCCUGCUCUCUUUAUUGCAAAAGCACGUGGAGGAACAUGCACUCUUGCAGUCUCAGACCCAGAUGAGAUUGUGGUUCAUCGAGCAAAGUAUCUGCUUGACAAUGGUUUUGGUUGCUAUAAUGUAUUCAAGAACAACUGUGAGGACUUUGCCAUCUACUGCAAAACGGGGCUUCUUGUGGUGGAUGAAGGAAGACUUGGCCAGAGCGGCCAAGCUGCAUCUAUCAUAGGGGGGCCUCUUGCUGCUGUUUUAUCUACACCGCUGCGUCUUUUUAGUACCAAUCUUUAUGGAAUGGCUGCCACAGCUGUUGCUGUCUACUGUGCCAGUAGGUAUGCUGCUGACAUUGGCUUGAGAAGGGAUGUAAUGAAGGUCCCAGUAGAGGAUCUGACGAGGAGGUUGGCAACAGGCUCACUGCAGGUGGUUGAACCCCAAAUUUCAGUUACUCCUUCCCUUGGGUCUCCCCAGCUUCUAACUCAAUAAUUUAUGUCAACUUAAUGAUAUACGUUCGUGAUCUGGUCAAUAAUUUGCUGGGACCGUGGUUUCUAAUUCACAGGUUGUGUGCUGUGCCCCUUGUAUCGUGAAUGUGGCAUUAUACCAUUUUAUUCACUUGUUUUGAAUCCGUCAUCUUUUCUAUCCGUUCCUCUAUUUUCUGUCUACUAAAGCAUUUUGAAGAAUAAAUUGGUGUAUGAACUUAAUCGAGUAUGUUUAUUGAGAUUGAGAUUGCUUACACUGA